AUGCUGUUUCCCCCUCGUUCAAUUCUCCUCAGAUUAUCAAACGAAGGCUCCCCGUUGAAUAAAGAAUCAGUUCACAACGGAGUUCUCAUAUUACCUUCGGUCCCACUACCAAAGAAUUUCAAGCAAGAUGAAACCCCAAUUUUCCAGCUCGUGUUCCAAUUGAAUUCGUCUUCAGCUGUAACUCGUAAGGCCACCCUUUACACCAACUUACACAAGGAGGGAAAGGACGACUUUGAUAGGAAAAAGUUCCAAUCUCACGACAUCGAGUCUACUUUUGAUAAGGACAUCACAAUAACUAUCCCAAUAUACAAGCCAGGUUCAUACUGCUAUUACAUAGAAUAUGAAAAUGGAGAUAAGAAGACAGAGGAAUUCUACUUUAAUGUUCCACCCAAUCUUGCCAUAAACAAUGAAUACUUGCCAUUUAAUGCAAUCAACGUCUUAUCGGUAAUCUCGAAGUGGAUCGGCUCCUCCACCGAUGAAUGGGAUCCAUUUUUUGCCAAUGCGUCUAAGAAAGGUUAUAACAUGAUCCACUUCACACCUUUACAAGAAAGAGGAGUAUCCAACUCACCUUACUCCAUUUACGAUCAAUUGAGCUUUGACCCAAACCUCUUUCCAUCAAACGAUGCCGCAAUCAAGACGUUAAAUACUGUUUUGACGAAAAACAAUCUUCUUGCAUUGACUGAUGUAGUUUGGAAUCACACUGCUGAUAACUCAAGCUGGCUUAGAGACCACCCGGAAUCUGGUUACAAUGCAGAAACUGCACCACAUUUGCGCUCCGCAAUUGAAUUGGAUGCAAAAUUAUUAGAAUUCUCUGGUAAUUUGGAGAAGUUGGGCCUUCCCACAGAUAUUAAAUCAACAGAUGAUAUCGCCAAGAUCAAUGAUUCCCUUUCUGAACAUGUCAUUAACCCUUUAAAUCUUUGGCAGUACUAUGUCUUCAAUAGACAAGAAACACUUGAAAACUUGCAAGCGGCAUACAAUGAACUGGAUUCAAACCUUAACCCAGUGGAAAUUCCUGAUGAAAUUGAUACUUCGGAUAUCAAACAAGUUGCUGACUUUACAGUUGAAACUUGUUCAAUAGCCAAAAAAAUUAUACUUGAAGACAGAUACUCUAAUAAGUUCGAUGCCUUUAAGUUCCUCUCUGUUCUUGCUGCUCUCGUCAGCCCAUCUUCGACUACUUCCAUCUCCCUUGAUGACAUUGAGGCUAAAGCUGGAUCUAUAAUAGAUGCCAUCAAUGUGGACUUAUACAGGGCCUAUGACGAUGAUGUUAAGACAAUAAAGCAGCAGGUUUCGGAUAGAAUCAAGUUUCAACGCCUUGAACAAAAAUUGGGACCUAUUACUGACAAGUUGCCAUUAACAGAGCCAUAUUUCACUAGGUUCAAAGACAAUAAGGAAGGUAAAGACUGGGCACUUGCUAAUAACGGUUGGAUAUGGGGCGGAAAUCCACUUGUAGACUUUGCCUCAUCUUCCUCCAAAGCAUACCUCAGAAGAGAAGUUAUUAUCUGGGGUGAUUGUGUGAAAUUGAGAUAUGGUUCUAAGGAAGAAGAUUCACCUUAUGUUUGGUCGAGAAUGAUUGAAUACACUCAGCUUUGUGCUAAAGUAUUUCAAGGUUUCAGAAUCGAUAACUGUCAUUCCACACCUUUGCACGUUGGAGAAAGAUUACUUGAUGAGGCUAGGAAAGUGAACCCAAAUCUUUACGUCGUUGCAGAAUUAUUCAGUGGUUCUGAGGCUAUGGAUAAAAUUUUCGUUGAAAGAUUGAGUAUAAACAGUUUAAUCAGAGAAGCAAUGCAAGCUUGGAGUGUUAGUGAGUUGUCUACUUUGAUUCAUAAACACGGCGGUAGACCAAUCGGUUCCUUAACAUGGAUGCCAUUAGACGACUUUACUUACCCAGCUGGAAGUGAACCAGACAUCAAGGAAUCUUCAGAUGGAAACAUUCAAACUACUUCAGAAGUCAAAAUUCCCAAAAACCUUGCUAGUCAAGCUCCCCACGCUUUGUUUAUGGAUUGUACUCAUGAUAAUGAAGUUCCUAAUCAGAAGAGGACUGUAGAAGAUACUUUACCUAAUGCGGCUUUAGUUGCAUUUUGUUCUGCUGCAAUCGGAUCAGUUUUGGGUUUCGACGAGUGUUAUCCUGAGUUGCUUGAUGUUGUCGGUGAGACAAGAAAGUACACAUAUGGUGAAGACGUCGGUAUUAGUCCUGUUAAGGCAAAGUUACAUGAGAUCAGAAAGCAAUUGGCAGAAGAGAGUGUUGAUGCAGUCCAAGAUAAUGAAAUGUACAUCCACCAUGAAGAUCAAUACAUCACCAUUCAAAGACACAACGCCAGAACAGGUACUGGCUGGUUUUUGAUUGCAAGAACUAAGUUUAAUGAAGGAUUAGCAAACCAAACUUUAACACCACCUAUUUUAGGCGGAACAAACGUCAAGGGAGAAUUUGCAUAUUCGUUAAAGAAAACUGGCGACUACGUACGAGACGAUAAAAAAUUGACGGGAGUUCCAGUAAAGUUGGAGGAAAUUGAAAUUCCGUAUAUCGAAGGUAAUCUGGAUUCAGAAUCAAAGAUUUAUGUUGACGUUAACAAAUUCCCACCAGGUUCCAUCGCCGUCUUUUCAACAACUAUUCCUAAGGUAGAUUUAUCGUUGGAUCAGUCUCUCAAGGUUGGUGCCAUUGAGGCUUCAUUAAACCUUGACUUAUAUGAUUUAAAUGCAAUUUUAUAUAGAUGCGAAGCCGAAGAAAGAGAUGCCAGUGGAGGCAAAGAGGGUACUUAUUACAUUCCAGGGGUGGGAAAUCUAGUGUAUGCUGGUUUGGAAGGUUGGAUCUUGGCUCUCAAAAAUGUUAUCUGGGAAAAUAACUUGGGAAGUUCUGUUUGCAACCAUUUAAGAGAAGGUGAAUGGGCUUUUGAUUAUGUUGUAAACAGAUUGGACCAAUAUGCUGAUAAUUCUAAAGGUAUUAAAGAAUUCCAAGAUUGGUUACGUUCUAGAUUUGAUUCCAUCAGAGGAGUUCCAUACUUCUUAAGACCUCAUUAUUUCGCCCUUGUUAUCGGUAUCGCUUACGAAGCGGCCAGAUUUAGAGCAUUGAGACUUAUGGAUCCAAAGAUACAGAACGGUAAUAAUUUUAUUCAAAGAUUGGCAUUGACUUCAGUUCAAAUGUGUGGUAGGAUGAACAAUACUUCCUUAAAGGCCAAAGAGCAAGUUCCUUGUGUCGCUGCUGGUUUACCACAUUUCAGUAAUGACUACAUGAGGUGUUGGGGUAGAGAUGUCUUCAUUUCAUUCAGAGGUUUAUUUUUAGUAACCGGCAGAGACGAAGAUGCUAGACAACAUAUUUUAGGGUUUGCACAGACUUUGAAGCAUGGGUUAAUUCCAAAUUUAUUAGAUGCUGGAAGAAAUCCUCGUUAUAACGCAAGAGAUGCUGCCUGGUUCUUUGCACAGGCCGUGCAGGAGUAUGUCAUUAACGUCAAAGAUGGUAUUAAGAUUUUAGACGAAAAAGUCAAAAGAAGAUUCCCCUUGGAUGACACCUAUAUUCCUUAUGAUGAUCCAAAGUCAUUCAGCUAUGAAACUUCCAUUAGAGACAUUCUUUAUGAAAUAUUAUCGAGACACGCCAAGGGUAUCAAAUACCGCGAAGCCAAUGCUGGUCCUAAUUUGGAUCUGCAAAUGAAGGAUGAAGGGUUCAAUGUUGAAGUUAAUGUUGAUUGGUCAACUGGAUUAAUACACGGUGGAUCACAAUUUAAUUGUGGAACAUGGAUGGAUAAGAUGGGAGAAAGUGAAAAGGCUCAUAAUAAGGGAGUACCAGGUACGCCAAGAGAUGGUGCUGCUAUCGAAUUGCAAGGUUUAUUAAAGAGUACCUUGAGAUUUGUCAAUCAAUUACGCAAGGAAGGUCAAUUUUCAUAUGAAAGUGUAUCAAAGAGCGAUGGAUCAGAAAUUUCAUUGAAAGAAUGGGAAUCACUUAUUCAAGAUAACUUUGAAAAAUGCUUUUAUAUCCCCGAAGAUGCUAGCGAAGACUCCAAAUAUAAUGUCGAUCCUUCGAUCAUCAAUAGAAGGGGUAUCUAUAAGGAUUUGUACAAAUCUGGUAAGCCAUAUGAAGAUUAUCAAUUAAGACCAAAUUUUGCAAUUGCUAUGAGAGUAGCACCAGAGCUUUUCGAAGUUGAUAAGGCUGUUGGGGCAAUUGAAAUCGCUGAUCAAAACAUUAGAGGCCCAGUUGGAAUGAGAACAUUGGAUCCUUCUGACUAUGACUAUAGACCUUACUAUCUCAACAGUAUAGAUAAUGACGACUACAAGACCUCCAAAGGGCGUAACUACCACCAGGGUCCUGAAUGGGUAUGGUGCAUUGGUUACUUCUUCAGAGCGUACUUAUACUUCCAUCAUAAGAAGAAUGGAAGCAAAGAUGUGGUCUCUCAAGAUGUCUUGUGUGCACUUAACGAUAGGUUACAGGGCCACAUUAAAUGGAUUAGAGAGUCUCCUUGGGCUGGCUUAACCGAGUUGACGAAUAAGGAUGGAGAUAUUUGCCAUGAUUCCAGUCCAACUCAAGCAUGGAGUACUUCGUGUCUUCUUGAUUUGUACUACGAUUUAUGGAAUGAUAAGAUAUUCAGUUGA